AUGAAGACCCAAGGAAGAUGUGCACCAGCGGCCAGAUCAUUGGGAGCCUCUUGGUGCUCUCUGUGCUGGAGAUAGGGCUGGGGGUGUCCAGCGUGGCCGUGGGGGCGGUCAGCUUCAGCCUGGCUCUCCGAGAGCACACGCCGCAGCUUGGAGACUCGUCCCCGGUAUGGAGCGGGGUGUGUUUUCUUCUUUGUGGCAUAUGUGGAAUACUGUGUGCCAAAAAAAAAUCAGGACUUAUUAUGAUACUCUUUUCAGCCUGCUGUAUCUGUGGACUCAUUGGAGGCAUCCUGAAUUUUCAGUUUCUUCGGGCAGUCACAAAAAAGACCUCAUUCCUGUACCCACUGCAUAUUGCUUCCAUGUCUUUGGCAUGUAUUGGCAUUGGUGGCUGCACUAUCUCUUCCUGGCUCACUUGUCGUCUAGCCAGUUAUGAGCAAAGGAGGAUGUUCUCAGAAAGGGAACAUUCCCUUCAUCACUCUCAUGAAAUGGCUGAGAAAGAAAUGACAGACAUGAGCAAUGGAGCACCACAACUGAUAUUUAAUGGAAGAGUACAAUCGAUGUUUUAAAGAACCGAACAUUUUCAGGUUUAUGAGGCAAGAAAGGUUGAAGACCUGGGCACUGCCAUUAAAAUCAUGAUUGCACUUGUGGUUAUUUCUCCUGACCAUCUCAAUUAUUCCUCCUCACUUUUGCCUCUCUUACUCUUUUGCCUUUUCUAGAGGGAUAAACUUACCAGAAAUGUUGUAGCUUAGUCAUCUCAGCAGACUGGUCAACUGUUCUCAAGAAGACUCUUCCAGAAAAAUAGAUGGAGCAGCAGUGAUUAAUACUGUACACAAACACCAUUUGACUCGCAUGAGCUUUAGAAUUGUAAUUGCAUAUUUUAUGAAUACUUAAAAAGUAAGCCCAACAAGAACUAACAAUAGUUAUUGUUAUUUAUGUCUUUGUUUUGAAAGACAAAUGACUUCAAGUAUGCUAAAAAAUCAAAA